GCUUCUGCCGCCGCUUCGCGGAGCUGCCCGCCUGAGGCGGGAGCGGGGGGAGCCCCGCAGCCGCCCCGCCCCCCCCCGCAGGUGAUGCCGGCGCCCCGGGCGACGAUGCCGGCGGCCAGGCGAGCGUUGCCGGUAGCGAAGGUGGCGGCGAGGGGCUCCGCGCGGGCCCGGCCGUCUCCCCCCGCCCGCCGGCUCGCACCUGCGGGCCGCCCUGCCCUGCUCCUUAGCCGCCCCUGAGAGGAAGGCGCCGGCGGCCGGCGCGGUCGCUCGGCUCCCACCUGGCCGCUGUCUCCCCCUCUGUCCUCAAUGUCUCCCCCGCGGCUCGGAGGCCCCUUCGCCGCCUCCUCGCCCUCUUGCUCCUGGCCGCCGCAGCCCUCCCGCCCCGCCGUCCGGCGGCGAGAGGCGUCCGGCCUCCCCGUCGUCAGGCCGCCCCUCCUGCCCGUCCCCCCCGGCUGAGGAGAGCCGCUGGACCACCCGCCGCCAUGAAGGUGGAGGCGGGAGACAACUCCAUGAUCAACCUGUCGGUGCAGCAAGUGCUGAGUCUGUGGGCUCACGGCACUGUCCUCCGCAACCUCACCGAGAUGUGGUACUGGGUUUUCCUCUGGGCUCUGUUCUCCUCUCUCUUUGUCCAUGGUGCUGUGGGAGUAUUAAUGUUUGUGAUGCUGCAGAGGCAUAGGCAGGGAAGGCUGAUCUCUGUCAUUGUGGUCAGCAUUGGAUUUCUGGGCUCUGUAACUGGAGCAAUGAUAACCAGUGCUGCAGUAGCUGGAAUUUACAGAGUAGCAGGAAAGAAUAUGGCUCCCUUAGAAGCUCUUGUCUUUGGUGUUGGACAGACAGUACUGACGUUAAUUAUCUCAUUUUCAAGAAUUCUUGCAACGCUUUGAGACUUAUGUAAAAAGGGAGGAAAAAAUGAAAUACAUCAAAGAAAAAUAUGAAAGAAGUCUUUCAUUUGAAGAGAAGCUUCCUGAAAGUGGAUUCAUCAGCUUACAAACUUGAAUUCUAGUGGAAGAGAAAGGAAGCCAUGUGGAAUGUGCACUACAAAUCUAGAGGUUCAGUCAGAUGAUGAGGCUGUCCUCUAGUGUCUGAACUGUUGUACUUCUGCACUGCGCCUUGUGUGCCUCACUCAUAGGCAAGGUGCAAUCCAUGUGUGCAAAGCUGCCAGUCAGGUUAAUGCUUGAUGAUGGGAUAAUUGUUCUUAACAGUGUGGUAAUAAAAUAAGGGGGGGCUCCUGAAAAUUGCUGUAUGUGCCAAACUUGGAGUUUAAUUCUUAACUUUGGGUUGGGUAAGCCUUGAAAUUGUAAUUAUAAAAGAGUGCUGUGAACAUACACUCUACUUGAAUUCAGGUAAAAUAGCAAGAUAACUGAAUUUGUAUUAGCAGAAUGUCUUUGCAUACUGAAUAUUCUUAUUCAGCAUUCAGAACAGUUGUUGGGUCAGCUUUUGAAGUGUAGAUUAAUUUUGAUGUGGCUUCAGAACCACAGUUUAAGCAAUCCUGAUGUAAUUAGCACUAUGUGUGGAAUGGCUCGUGGCAGUUUUCUCAAGCUCAGCACACCAUUUCUUCAUGGUUUUAGCUUGCCAGAAAUCAGUAGUUUAAAGGACACAGAAGAGUUUCUAAGUACAAUCUGUUGUAUAUGCACAAACAAACCUUAAAUUGAUACUCUCCUUGAGAUUAUUUUGUCUUAAACGUACCGAUUGUUACCAGCCCUUCUGAAAAUUUCAGAAAGGCUACUUGUUGCAAAUAAGCUCCCUAUAGUUAUUUAAGCACUAACAGAACUCUUAACCCUACAUGUAUUCUUUAAAGAACACAAAAAUUUAACAGACUUCAAGAGAAUACACCUAUGUGGAAAAUGGAAAGGGAUAAAAAUAUAUACUGGUUUUCUACUGUACAAAAAUGUUAGGUUUAAAAUAGUUACUAUCCUCCAUAAUUUUGGAAGUGGGGCAGCACUAAUGUAUUUACUACCUUGUUUCUGAACACUUUGUAUCUUCGGGAAGAUUAAGAUACCUGGAACUUUCAAAUAUUUACCUUUCAGUAGAAUUUGUGCUUUUCUAGUUUAAAAGGGACAGUAGUGUUGUGCAUGUGAAAUGUCUUAAAUGUGAAUGUUUUGGAGUGAAUAGAAAUUUUAAGUCUAAUUACUAAUUAUUUAUGAAAUGCAAAAUUUAAAGGGCACAAAGUUCUGUGUGAGGAAUAAAGAGUCUUAUGUCUUUCCUCCACUGAAUACUUUUCAGCAGUCACCUUUCAAUGCUGACAGGUAAAUUGCUCAAAUUGCUGUUAAGAUGUCAAAGACUUUCAGGAUGGUUGAAACCAGUGGCACCUACUGCACAGUUAAAAGAAUAUGAUUGAAAUAUAACUUACAAUCCAGUCAUAUUAUUUAGUGCUUCAAAAUAUUAUAAUGAAUUAACCUGUUUGCCUUUAUUUUAUUCAACAUAAACUUUUCUUAAGUGCUAAUGAUUCUAUUAUUAUUUUUCUUUAAAACUAUUUAAGACUUGUUUGAAAAAUGUACAAAGUUAUGGGGUUUGCAGAGAACACAGUAAAAUAUGGGUUUAUAAGCCUUUUCAGUGUUAUAUUUUUAGCUUUGAAUUGCUUCAAGAUGUGUCUCAAUACAUAUAUUCAUUAUUUUGAAUGUCUUCAAGAACUUAUUUAUUUUUCAUGGUGUUUUUUUUUUUGUCUAAUGGCUUUUACUUUCUGCUGAUACUUUUUGUCAAAACAAUCAUUGCUCUUUAGUAGACAAUGAAAUUUAUAUCUGUAAAAGGCAAUUUAAACUUCUCCCAUUGUCUUAAAUUAUGAGAAAACUGGUUUCAGGUAUUUAAGUCAAACUGAAUAAUAAAAUAAUUGAAAAUAUUUCUCCUAA